AUGGCGAGGGAAUUGCCCCGAGAUAUUAUAGAGAGUAACAUCCUCACUAGGCUUCCCGUCAAAUCCUUGAUCCGAUUCAUCUCCGUUUCGAAACGCUGGCGUUCCGUUAUACUCCACGACCCUAGAUUCGCCAAAUCCCAAUAUAAGUUGGCUUCUAAGCAGAAAUCCAUCACUCACCGAAUCCUCGUGUCCAGCAGCGAAGGAUCUCCUGAGCUCAGAUGCCUAGACUUGGAGUCGCCGUGGUUCGGGCAGAGUUCCUCUUCUUGUAGGAAGCUGAGUUUCCCAUUCGAGCAGCAACCGCCACGCGAAUGCCACCUACUGGGCUCUUGUAAUGGCUUGGUGUUUGUAGCAUUGGAAAACGGCAAGUUCUACGUCUGGAACCCCUUGACUGGAUUCUUCAAGAAACUGCCUGACAUUGGCGACUCCUCAGAUGGAACGGCCGUGCUAGAGUACUGUGGUGCUGGCUAUUUGUCGGCCACGGACAACUACAAGGUUCUUGUAGGCUACUUUCUUAAGAAACAAAACGAGGAUAGAAAUACCGAGAUGGUACACAUUUUCUCGUUGGAAGAUCACAGUUGGAGAAUAGUUGAUGUUGAUUACUUCGGCGAUAUCUUUCCUCGUCAUCAGGGAAUGCUUUCGAAUGAGGCACUUCAUUGGCUAUACGACGGCGAUUCCGGAUUCGAUCUGAUUGUUUUUGAUUUGGCUAAGGAGGAGUUCCCCAUAAUGCAGCUGCCAAAUGUGGAUAAUGAUGGCACGAGUUGGUUUGGGUGCCUGCUUGGGGUUGUUGGAGGGUGCCUCUGUGUGUCAAGUUGUACUGAUGUGGCUAUUGCUUCUGACUCUGUUGAUUUUUGGGUGAUGAGAGAAUAUGACGUGCGUGACUCUUGGACUAAGCUUUUUAACCUGGAUUUUUCCAACUUGCCCGUGAAGCCAUUGCUUGAAAACCAACCCUGCACUUGGUUUGCUACGGAAAGUGGCACAGUUGGCGUGAAAUUGACUGGCAAUGGGUUUUGGUUCAUGAGGAUUGAUCAUGAAGAAAAACAAAAGCUUGGCCUGUAUAUGAUUGAGGGGAACCUGUUUUACAUGCUUGAAUAUGAAGAGAGUCUUAUUUGGAUCGAAGAGAAAGAGACUGCCAAAGAGACUAAAACCUCAUCGCCAAGCUGA